AAUUCCAACUAUUGUACUUUCUUUUUUUUUCUCUUUCUCAGCUUUGCUUUCGCAAAUGCCAAUCCUCAAACUACGCCGAGGUCACAUUCAUUCUAAUUAGCGUUACUCGUUACUCGGUUACUCGGAAGCACCCGAACUUGCAAAUCGGCCGUUUGGGUAAUGAAGAAGACGAUCGUAAAGUACAGCACCGAACACCCAAUUGUUACCUAAUCUCCUACGUAAUGAGUCCUCUUCCGAUUAAUCCGUCGAUACCGUCGGCGACAUCGCUGGCGUCGCACUUUGCUCGAGCCAUCUCUCACGUCUCCCACGUCUUGACGACGCGCGACGAGGACGAAGAUACAAAGUGCCACCCGCGACCUGACAUAGACCUUUGCGAAAAGCCCCAGGCAUCUCAACACACGACUGCAAUCGUAGUUGGGGUAUUAGGCGGCCUCCUUGUUGUCUCAACAGUCGGGAUCCUUUCGGUUCUGCACAUCCGGCGCCAACGGCAAGACAAGCGAGAGUUUCCCAAGAACAACCAAGAACUUGAUGAUUACGGUAUCGGCCCUAUGCCCCCUACUGCUACUGCCAAACCUACCAGACCUCAAAACGCGUAUCGCCCGCCGCACGUAGAAUCAGACGAUGGCGACGACCUCAAACCGCCCGGGCGGCGGGAUUCCCUAAACUCUCUGGCCCGCUCCAUUCGCGGCAACCCAGAUGCUUACAGAUCAAGGCCAGACGAUACAUCGCACGAUAUGAAACCCGUAGAGCCCGCAAGUCAGCUGUGAGAAGGAAGAGGAAGAAGAGGAGGGAAGAGGAGGACGAGAAGGAGAAUGUGAUACCCAUCGUCAACCCCUGAUUUGUGAAGAUCAAUAAGUGAAAUAAGUAGAUCUAGCGAUAGAUCAAUUUGUAGUGGAACUAGUUUUCGUCUUCAACUACCUAACCUAGGUCCUCGCCUAAAAUGAUUGUGGAUUUUG